AUGCUAAACUGUCGUCAGUCACACGCGGGUCGCCAUCCAAUCAUUUCGUACGAAUACCUACAAGCUGUUUCGCAACAGACUGUCAAUUGCAAGCGCAGUAUCGAAUCAAGCGAACACAUCAAGAAAGCCCUAAAGCAGGGCAAGGACUCCCGCAUCAACAUCAAGAUCUUCCUCGGCCAAACCGUUCAGCAGGAUUCAUCCGACACUGGACACAGCGACACGGAAUGUUCCCCAAGCCUUCGAAAUCAGCCCCAUCAUCCUUCUUCACAAUCACCACAACCACCACCACAACAGCAACAACAACAACAGCAACAACAACAACAACAGGAACAACCGCAAGAGCAGCAAGGCAAUCAAAAGGUGGAAGCGGAAAAUUCGCAACCGGAAGGCGCGAGUAAACCCAAACAGCAGCAAUCCUCCGGUGGCAGUGGCCGCAACUCGUCCCUAGCCCAACGUCGUGCUCAGUUCCAAGCGAAUCGGCAAAAUUCCGAAACCGCCGAAAGACGCCCGCCGCUGGUGCGGGCUAUGUCAGCUCCGAUCCGACCGAUAGACAACGAUUCCAAGUUCCUACAGAGUAAGAAGAAGACCCGGAAGAAGAAGAUUUUGCGUGAACGCGACGAGAUCAACGAGUGCGAUGAGGACGACUUCGACGAGGAAACACUCAAACUCAACACGACCAACAGCAAGAACACGCUCGCUGCAGCUGCUGGUGGUCCACGAUCGCGCUCGGUGCUAGGGGGAGCGUGCGACAUCGAAACCCUCGUUUCGCUACUCAGCUCCGGGGGAAGCGACUCGGAGAAGGAGGAUACGGUACCCACACACGGUGCGGAUCCCACCGGAAACAGCUCGACCAAUUUCAAUAUCAACAUCAGCUCGGCGCUCAAGUCGCGUGCUCCAAUGCUCAAGAAGGCUGGCAAGUCGGUUUCAUUCCAGGAGACCGAGCUGAAGCAAACCGCCGGACUCAACCGGGACUACUACCAGCCGGGUCAUCGCAAGCCACCGUCACUGCAACCUUUUGCCAAUCGAAUCAGGAGAAGCCAACAGUUGGCCAAUACGUUGAAUGCGUUUCAGAAGAAAAAUUUAACCGAGGGCACCAAGUCCGACGAGGAUAAGGACCAGCACAGCAGCGAUGAUUCCAAGGACAAUGCCAAAAGCAGCGAUUCCAUCCCACCAUCAUCAAAUCCAACGAAAACAGUUCAGGCGUCGUCCCCGUCGUCGUCGGAUGCCAAAACAGGAGAUGCUGGCAGUGGUGCCAGCGGUCAGGAUGGUGGACUGGUGGACGGCCAGACACCGAAGGAACGCGAAUGCUACCGGCUCUUUCAGAAGAUGUCCAACAUGGGUCUCUCGGUGUCGUACGAUACGAUCCUGCGGGGAAUGCUAACGCCAACGGAGCUGAGAGUACUCCAGAAGCAACGCACCAAGCUGCAGAAGCAACAGGAGUCAUCACGCCAGAACAGCAGCGAGACGGAGAAGGAGAACGACAGUAGCGACAAUAGCAAAAGCGAGGGACCUGCUAAUGCUAGUGAUUUGAGUAGUUUGCUUAGCAGCGGACCGGAACUGGAGGUCGUUAGUGGACCCCUGCCGGUAUUAGCGGAACAAACGGUAGAACAGUAAAUUUGGGCUAGAUAUUUUAAUUUAGGUUCAGCAGAAAUUUGGUUUGAUCAGCAAACUGUGAUAGAAACUGAUUACUCGAAUGGGUACAAAAUGGACGAAAUGUUACGAAGCACCUAUUAUUGAAGCGCACAUUGAACGAACAGAGUUUUAAGCAUGUUGGCAAAAGGUUCAGAGUUUGUUUUGAAGAUGAAGCUCAGUAUCAGUUAGUUUUAGAAACCCCAAACAAGGACUACGGCACACAGUUGAAACUUUGUUAGAAAUUGCUUUAGCUAAUUGUAGCCACAAUAAAGAAUGUAUGUUCCGAAAAAAAAA